AUGGAUGACAAAGUGCGUGAUGAGCCUGUUUGGCAGGGUUUUGUAGCUCAGACAAAUGAGCUUCUCAUGAUGGGUGGUGAUAAGAAAGGCGUAAAUGCGCAUCGAAAAUCUCAACUUGGUGAUGUUUGCCUCGAAGAUGAUCAGCAUGAUUCAGUUAGGUCAAUUGGUAUGGGUGUUAAUAGUGAUGCAGCUGUUUUUGACAGUGAAGUGCGUGAAAGUUUGGCUGGAGGGGGCAGUGAGGGAGAUUUUGAGUACUCUGAGUCAGAUAAGAAACAUAGUGAUGGACCAGACAAAAAUAAACAGAAAGCAAGUAAACAUGAUGAUCCAAAUCACAAUGAACGUUUGAGUGUCUCAACAGCUACUGGCGAUAUGGUUGCUACUUGGAGACGGAAGAGUAGUGACUCGUCAAGUUGUGAAAGUUUGGUGAAAGAAGAUAAUGCAACGUCCGAAAGCAAGCAUGCUUACAAAGAAGGUGAUGGAAAUGAUAGCAGUGAAAGCGAGGAUGACCAUGUGGCAGGACUAGAUGACGAAGAAGCAGUGUCUGUCCAAGAGCAGAUAAGACAAAUUAAGGCCCAAGAGGAGGAGUUUGAAACCUUUGACCUCAAAAUCGUGCACAGAAAGAACAAAACUGGUUUCGAAGAGGAAAAGAACUUUCACGUGGUUUUAAAUUCGGUCAUCGCUGGGCGUUACCAUGUCACCGAGUACCUUGGAUCAGCAGCCUUCAGUAAGGCCAUACAAGCGCAUGACUUACAGACAGGAAUGGACGUCUGUAUAAAAAUCAUAAAGAACAACAAAGACUUCUUUGACCAGAGUCUUGACGAGAUAAAACGUUUGCAGUAUAUCAAUAAACAUGAUCCUGCUGACAAAUACCAUCUUCUCCAGUUGUAUGAUUACUUUUAUUACCGGGAGCAUUUGCUAAUUGUAUGUGAACUUCUUAAGGCUAAUCUAUACGAAUUCCACAAAUUUAACAGAGAAUCAGGUGGUGAAGUAUAUUUCACAAUGCCAAGAUUGCAGUCAAUCACUAUACAAUGCCUAGAACCACUUCAGUUUCUACAUGGACUUGGACUUAUACACGGUGAUUUGAAGCCUGAGAACAUAUUGGUGAAAAGCUACAGCAGAUGUGAAAUAAUAAAAGGCAUCAACCUUGGAAGUAGCUGUUUCGAGACGGAUCACCUAUGCUCGUAUGUUCAGUCGAGGUCGUAUAGAGCACCAGAAGUCAUAUUGGGACUUGCUUACGAUAAAAAGAUAGACGUUCGGUCUCUUGGGUGCAUUUUGGCUGAACUAUGUACAGGCAAUGUUCUUUUCCAAAAUGAUUCUCCAGCCAGUUUGCUUGCAAGGGUUAUAGGAAUCAUAGGAUCUAUCGAUCAUGAAAUGCUUACAAAGGGACGUGAUUCCCACAAAUACUUUACAAAAAACAGAAUGCUAUACGAGCGGAACCAGAGAAUGGCCAUGUCCAUUAAGGACCAUGUCCAUUAA